UCGCAUAUCACGACGGAGGACGAAUCGCCAACCGAGAGAUCAAAAAGCUGUUAUCGAAAGCCGAGUUCAACUUCCUCCGGCAGACCGGGAGUUUCGACAAUUGUUCACACUCAUUAUCAUAUUGGGUUGUUAUUGCGACCGCCAGCUUCCAACUGUAUGGAUACCAAGACGAUAUCAACAUCGAUAUCCUCACAACCGACACUCGAUUGUUAUUGAGGAAUCUGUAACGAUUGACCAGCACAGGACUCUUAGAGCACCAACCUCAUUGGAAUUGUUGCCCAAUCGAAAUUACCAAGUGGACGGGACGCAUUUGAUUAGGUUUCGGCUCCGAGACUCUGGAUCAGUCCAUGCGGACCCGACAGUUCUAAGAGGGACGCUUUUGGUUGGAUCCGGCUGGAAUUCCCUUUCCCGGCAUUGCUCUUUCUUGGCGUUGUGCGCACGGGAGAGCGUAACGGUUCAGUUUUCAGGUGAUUACUGAAGAAAAGCAAGGCUGGAGGGCUAUUACCACGUCUUCGGUGUGAGGGAUGCCGAGGGGGAGAUGGAUAUGGAUGAAGGUGUUAUUCAGCAGCAACAAGCGAUUGAAGCCGAUGAUUUCCACGGCGGCAGGACCGUGCAUUCCGCUCCUAUCACUUCAGAAUAUGCGGGUCACGUGGGUAUACCGCUAGGUCAUCAUCCUCAUUCGCAUCCUGGCAACCAGAGCAUACCUGGGAGGAGCGAUGGUAGCACCUGGCGUUGGCGCAGGCGCAGUUCUCAGCGCCCCGUUACUGCUACCGACCUAGUGGCCCCCGACCAUGACCCAGCUGGAAGUCCAGUGAUAAUACCUUUUACGCAUGCACAAUUCGCGUCACCUCUAGCAGUUCGCGCUCACAAUCACCCUCACAUUCAUCCUCAAUCGCACCCAAACUCACCCUACACUCACCCUCACGUCCUUCAUCAUCAAAUAUUACCCACUCAUCAAUCGCUCUCUCACUCUCACCUUUCCGACGACUCUGCCACAGUCGAUGGCCAUUUUGGCACAAUGGAGCAGAUCGAGACACAAGCAAGCGACCUCAGAUUCCUUGCCCAAGUUCCUGUAUUGAAUCCAACCUCGAGCCCGUCUCUCGGCCCCGGCUCCGGCGCCGGACGAGGUGGGACUCCAGCCCGUACCCCCGGGAGCGCCGUGGGAGCCUCUACGGGUGCUCCUAUUGCUUACGAGAAUCAUGCCAGUCCAAGUUCCGCCUCUGUCGGCGACAAUUCCGCUCACGGUGCGAGCGCGUCUAAUGCCAAUAAGAGGAAGUCGACAGAUGAUGGUCAAGGCAACGGAGCGAAGCAAACAAGAAGUAAAAGAAACAGAUACAUAUCGAUAGCUUGGUCAGUAUGCUUCCGCCAUUGAAUGCGUUCAUCUUCGCCGCGACCGCGUAGCAUAAUACCGUAUUGUCUUGGCUCCUAACAAACGCAUAUGCUAACAACAUAUAGUAAUGAAUGCAAGAGACGAAAGAUAAAAUGUAAUGGCGAAACUCCUUGCCAACGAUGUGGCAACCUCAACUUGGCCUGUCUAUAUGCCCCGAACUGCUGCUCUGGGAACUUUAAGGAAUCGGACGAGUUCAAGCAGGUCACAUCACAACUAGGCCGCCUUCAAGAAGAAGUCGGCUGGCUUCACCAAACCGUCAAGGCCCUUCAGUCCGAACCUGCCCGUUAUUCCUCACUUGGUGACCGAACAAUGACCCAUGGCCACGGCACGCCAGCAGUCGCCCCUUCACCCUCUCAUAGUUCUACUUCACUUAACCGCCAGGACAGUUCAAAAUAUGGUUCUUUCCGUGGCCCAACAAGCAUGGCCUUCAGUCUCGACGUUGCCAACAAUACUAUCAACAACAUGGGCUACAAAGGCAUAUCAGACGAGGAAAAUCCACACCUCAACGAUGGCAUGGGCCCCAUGUCCACGCGACCAAGAGAUCCCCUCCACGAAUUCGACAAGGACGAAAUGAUUCGCUUGUGUCGUCUGCAUGAGGAAGAGAUUGGUAUCAUGUACCCUGUGCUCAACAUUCAAACCGUGAUAUCCCAUGCCAAGAAUAUGGCCACAUUUCUCGAAACCCUACGACAACAAAGCCCCAGAGAAUUGGUCAACGACGAUAAGACUCUACAGCUCAAAAUCAUCAUGUGCUGUGCUCUAGUGGUGGAAGAGCAUGGGCAUAGUGAUAAAGCAAUUCGCUUGUUUGAGAGCAUGGAAACGGUUCUUAACCGAAAGCUCAUGGCCGAGGCUGCGGAUGUCACGACCUUACCGAUCUUGGCUCUAGUUGCUGGGUAUAGAUUUCUCUCCAACGAUGAAGUUUUGGCUUGGAGAGUUAUGGGUCACGUCGCACGGUUAUGCCUGGAGCUUGGCAUUCAUCAAAGAACAGGCCUGAUGCGAAUCCAGGAUGAAGAGGAACGUAAGAAUGCUCUCGUCAGCUUCUGGUCGGCAUAUGUUCUGGAUAGGCGAUGGGCUUUUGCAACUGGGCUGCCUUUCGUCGUUCAAGACGAGGAAAUCGAUUCGGAGCUGCCAUUCCCAGAGGAAUAUCCUUAUCUGGUGGCCAUGAUCACCUAUUCUCGGAUAGGUGCAAAGGUGUGGCGACAAGUAGCUCAUUUUGGACCGGUUCUGGCACGCGAUUUGCGCUCAACGGAACUGGAAAACGUCGACCAGGAGUUGUUACAGUGGUAUGAACAGAUUCCCGAAGAGGUCAAGGUUCGUAACUGGGACAAGGAGAAGCAUAUAACGUCGACUCCCUCCUAUAAUCUGCAACGCCUACGGAUCUGGACAUAUUUACGCCUGAAUCAAAUGCGGAUCUGGCUUUACACGCCUGUGUUGCAUAGCGCCACAAGCAUCAUGGCGCAUCCUGCGCAGUCAGAACGUGUAGUUGACAUCGCCAAAGACACUAUCCGAUACCUUAGCCACCUGAAUAACACAACCAACUUAUACAGACGUGUACAGGUGUUCUACCACCAAUUCCUCACAUCUGCGAUUGCGGUCGUCUUCCUCGCAUCUGUUCAUGCCCCGGUCCGCUUCAGCGCUUCCUGCCGUGAGGAGUUUUAUAUGGCCCUGGAGCUGGUAAAGGAUUUAUCCGCCAAGAGCUGGGCAUCGCAGCGACUUUGGCGCACAAUUCGAUCACUCAAAGACGUGGCACCGCGAUUCGGACUUAAUGCUGAGGACGAUCCCCAGUCAACAGCAGCGUUAGGGAUGAUAGGGCUUGCUCGAGGCCAUAUGGAACAACAACAACCGUUCCGCAAGCCCUCUAUUCCUGGUCAGCAAUCACAAGCUGCAACCCCAGACUCGAUGGCUCAGAACGGAUCACGAAUUCAAGCCGAGAUGUCACGAAUGUUCGAGGGCUAUGUAGGGUUGAAUGGAUUCCAAUACAACGAUAAUGAUGGACAACAGGGGCCGAAUGCUGAAGUUUCUGAAGCGUCCAACAGCGGCAUGUUUGGAGUUGAUGGUACUGUCUUUCCUCAGUUCAAGGAGAUGUAUUAGCCAACCAUGCUAAGUAUUUUGUAUAUUGCUAGUAUUUAGAUAUGAUAUCCCCUCCUGUACACUAACUUCCAGAUAGUCUUGGAUAUAUCUGGCGGCGUAAUAUGGCGCUCAAAAUGGAGAUACGAAUUGAGUUGGUAAUGUACCAUUUGAUAAUGAAGAAUUGAUGUUCUGUGUUCAGGCACUUGAGUCGUUUUUCAGGCCGUUAUGGUUGGAGGAUACGCUAGAAGCAUAUCUGACAUUUGUGCAAAAGCCUCGAGAUAAAUGAACAAAAC